CCCCUCAAGACCAUUCCCCUCCCUCGUUCUCCGUCGGACUCAUCAAGAUGCCCAAGGCCGCGUCCGGAAAGUCUGCUGCUGCUAAGCACAAGUUUGUCAUUGACUACUCGAAGCCCGCGGGCGACGGUGUCUUCGAUGGCGCGGCCUUCGAAAAGUACUUCCACGACCGCAUUAAGGUUGACGGCAAGACUGGGCAGCUCGGUGAAAACGUCAAGAUCACCCGGGACGGCGAUGUAAAGCUCAUUGUGUCUUCCAACAUCCCUCUGUCCAAGCGAUACCUCAAGUACCUCACCAAGAAGUUCCUCAAGAAGAACUCCCUCCGCGACUGGAUUCGUGUCGUCGCCAACUCAAAAGAUUCCUACCAACUCCGCUUCUACAACAUCCAGGGCGCUGGUGAUGAGGAAGAGGAGGAGUAGACGCACUGCUGCUGUAUCACUUCUGUCACGAUUGCUAUGUUGUAAGCCCUGUCUCUAUGCAAUCUAUGCACUACGCUAUGGCACCGACUGCUCUCCCGCCAUGGGCUGCUUUACUCCGUUGAUGAUGUAUGUUCACGACUAAAAGUAAUGUUUGGAAGCAACUU